GCUAAUCAUCCCACGAGUAGCCAUCGUUAGCAUCAUCAUGACUCGUAGUGAUUCCGGGACAAAGGCAUCCACCGCGACGCGCACGGCGCCGCCUAUAGACGGACUGGCCUUUGUGUCUUCUGACCUGGCAUUGGCGGAAACCCCGGCUCAACCUGCGAUUAGCACCACCACCACUUCCUCCAAUGCCCAUGCAUCUAACCCCCAUUCCAAAAGUCAUCCCGCUGGAUCAGAUCCUUCUGGGAAGACCCCUUCGCACGGAUCGCUCUAUAAAUCAUCAUAUCUGGCCGCGAUCGAACGAAAUCAAAUACACAUCUCGAGACUCUUACUCACUGCAUUCUACGUGGUACACGUCCUUUACACGCCUGCAACUCCCUACACCAGUAAGUUUAUCCAUCUCCAGUACCCAACGGGGGAGGUCAACCCAGUUGACGGCGGGCUUCUCUACGACAUUGGCCACGACGACGUGUACUUUAUCAUAUUCUGGGUGGUGACCCUCACCUUUUUAAGAUCUGCACUCAUGCUGUAUUGUUUCAAGCCUUUGGCCACCCAUGUAUGCAAGAUCCAUUCCAAUAAGGCCAUCACUCGUUUUGCUGAACAAGGUUGGGCAAACUUCUAUUACAUGUGUCUGUUUGCCUUGGGUGUUUACCUCUAUGUGGGAUCUCCAUACUUUAUGAGUCUUGAUCAUUUAUUUGUUGGAUGGCCUCAUUAUCAACUCACAGCCCUCUUCAAGAAAUAUUACCUUAUUCUGAUUGCGUUCUGGGUCCAACAAUUCUUUGUGUUGAACAUUGAAGAACGUCGUAAGGACCAUUACCAGAUGUUCCUGCAUCAUAUCAUCACGUUUGCCCUUGUGGUUGGAAGUUAUUACUACUACUUCACAAGAAUCGGUCAUGCGAUCUUGAUGAUCAUGGACUCGGUAGACAUCUUUUUGGUCACGGCCAAGAUGUUGAAAUAUCUGGGGUUCACUCGUGCAUGUGAUGUCAUGUUUAUAUUAUUUUUGGGUCUGUGGAUCAUCUUAAGACAUGGGGUUUAUAACGUGUUAUUUUAUCAUACAUGGCGUCAUUCACAAGACUUGAUGGUAGGUACGGAAUGUCAAGCUGGUGUUGAGAUGAAACGGUGUUGGACCCCAUUCAUCAUGAAUGUAUUCAAGGCACUCUUGGGAGGUUUACAAAUCUUAACCAUGGUUUGGAUGUACUUCAUCUUGAAAGUAGCAUACAAGGUUAUCAUGGGCAAGGGCGCCGAAGAUGUACGGAGUGAUGAAGAUGACACCGAGGAGGAACAUGACGAAAAGGAAGAGGAGGUGGAUGAAGAGGAUUAAUGCGUAUGUUGUAUAGGUAGAAGAAUAAAUGAAAUGAA